AAGUUGAAAUCACAAAAAAAGCAUACUUUUGUUGAGGCUUUUUGCAUCUCCAUAAAUCCUAACACACCAAUAUUAUAGCCAUCAAUUCUCGAUCACCAUCAAUUCUCCUUGCAUUUCUCCAUCUCCUUUCUUCAUCUCUCCGCCUUUUCUUCACAUUCUUCCCCGGCCAAGAAUCAUUACCCCUUCUCCUCUCGUCUCUCAGAUUCUUCACGUUGCGAUCUUCUCCUUGCGUUGAGCGAUUGAUUUGAUUUGUUAUAAACUCAGUCAACCGCUCUCGCAACAUUUGUUAUAUAUUUUUCUAUCCGAUUUGUUUUCGAAGCGAAUAAUGGCCGAGGAACAAAAAUGUCAGAAGGCAGGAGGCCAUAGUCUCUGCGCGAACAACUGUGGAUUCUUCGGCAGCAGCACGACUCUGAACCUGUGUUCCAAAUGCUACAAGGAUCACUGCAUUAAGGAACAGCAAAUGAAGGAGGCGCACCUCGCGAUGGAAGGAUCUCUCAAGGGGAGAAACUCAUCGGAAUCUUCUUCUUCCUCCUACUCGUCUUCGUCUUCGGCGGCGGCGGCGGUGGCGGCCUGCGACGGUUCGUCACGCCAGGAGGAGGUUGGAUCUGAGGAGGCCAUGCCGGCGGCGGCGGCGCCUCCACCCAGACCCAACAGGUGCGGCACGUGCCGGAAGCGUGUCGGGCUGACGGGGUUCAAAUGUAGGUGUGGGGUCAUCUACUGCGGGACCCACAGGUACCCGGAACAGCAUGGCUGCACGUUUGAUUACAAGGCCAUGGGGAGGGAAGCCAUUGCCAAGGCCAACCCACUUGUCAAGGCUGAGAAGCUGGACAAGAUCUGAGCCGUCCGAUUCGAUCACAGGGGAGAAAGUUUACGGUUAUGAUUUAAUGAUUGAAUGAUAAUGAUAAUUCUGGGCUCAGAUGGUAGGUUGAAUGGUUGAUCGUAGCUGGCCCCGCUCGGCUCAACGGUUGUGAUUCAACAUGUGGAUUUAUGCUGUAGUUGGUUGGUUAGUGGUCUGGGGCUUGGAUUAUAUAUUCCUGUUGCUCAUUGUAUGAUCAAUCAAGAACAUAUUAAUGUUGCUUCUAUAAUAAUGUUAGAAUGACAAAUUUCUUCUUUCUUCA